CAUAAUAAAUUUUCAAAAAUAUCUAAUAAUGCUUAAUUCUUAUAAAUUCAUAAAGUAACUCAUAAGUUUGAGACCAUGAUAGGCAUGUUAGUUUGCUGGGAGUAAUUAAUAAAUAACUGUGAAUAACUUAUUACCCUAAAUUACCUAUCUACCCUAAGAUGUCGGAAAUGUAGGUACAUAUUUCUACCCCACCACGCAUAACGGCCGUAACUGCCAUUGGAAAACCAGUUUGAAUUUAGAAUUUAUAGCGCGAGAAUAUGGUAAACAAUUGAAUGGACAACUGUCCAAUGCUGCUACGUUACGGCUUUCAUACGUGGUGGAGCAGAGCUGGGAAGUCCUAAUAAAACUGGAGCCCGGGAUAAUUAGUAAAUUAUCGUUUUCUCAUUCAUUUGGUUAGAUUAUUUUUUAUUGUAGAAUACGCCUCGAAGAACACAAAAACCAAUCUUAAAAGUCCUGCCUAGCAAGGCGAGUUCGGUAGGACUUUUAUGAAUUUGGGAUUUUGGCUAUAAAUGGAAAAGAGUCACGUGACUUUUCGUAGCAUCUGUCAUUACGGAACAGUUUUCCUUUUCGUUUGGCGUUUGUAUCGACAACCUACAUCGUCCCUGUCUACCCACCUACUAUGUACCUAUUUUAGAUCGGUACAUCGGUACGGUUGUCACAUUUGUUCACGUCAUACACUACACUUACACUCACAACAGUGGCACAUGCUAAGCGAAUGAUUAUUUUUAACCAUAGUUUGAAGGGAUUCGAGCUACCUGUGGUGCGUUGUCACCUCAAGAUAACAAUGAAGGAGCGUGUACUUGGCCUGUGCGAAUGCUACUUUACUGCAGCGAAAUGCACGGUCACUGACACUAGCAGCAAUGGACCAGCAAUUCUGCUUGCGCUGGAACAACCACCCAAACAACCUGACUGAUGUGCUCGCCAGCCUGCUGCAGAGGGAAGCCCUCUGUGAUGUCACACUUGCCUGCGAUGGAGAAACGGUUAAGGCACAUCAGACGAUACUCUCUGCGUGCUCGCCGUAUUUUGAGACUAUAUUCCUACAGAACACUCAUCCACAUCCGAUAAUAUUUCUCAAAGAUGUGCGGUAUUCAGAGAUGAAGUCAUUACUGGACUUCAUGUAUAAGGGAGAAGUAAACGUAGGGCAAAAUAUGCUACCGAUGUUCCUAAAAACAGCUGAAAGCUUACAAGUCAGAGGUCUGACAGAAAACAAUACAUUAAAUCCUAAGAGUGAAGGACGGUCGACGCCGCUGGUGAGCGCGGAGAACCUGUCGUCGCGCGGAGAGUUCGCGACGCCGCCCGCGGCGCACGCGCCCGCGCCCUCCACGCCGCUGCCGCCCGCGCCGCCGCUCGCCGCGCAUGCGCCGCCCGAGAAACGACGCCGGAAGAACUCCAACAUAAACAGAGACGAAGUUGAUCUGUCAUACAGGCAUUAUGAGAGCCACCUGAAGGGGUCGAAAGGCGGGUCGACGGGGUCGGGGUCGGAGCCGUCCACGCCGCCGCCGGCGCACACGCCGGCGCGCGCGCUGCGCUCGCCCGCGCCCGCGCCCGCGCCGCUCGUCAAGCAGGAGCCCGACUCGCCCUACCCGCUGGCGCGCGACAUGCCGCCGCCGCACUACGACCAGACCCAUCUGCCAGGUAUGGGUGUCCCGCCAGAAAUGGCAGCCAUGCUAUCGCAGCAGCACCCGCUCAACAACGAGGCCGGCGACGGCGAGCCGCUGCUGCCGCCGCACCCCGACCAGACCGACACCAUCGACGGCUCGAAGGGCUGGCACAUGCGGCUGACGUUCGAGCGCGUGGCGGGCGCGCUCAACCUGCACCGCUGCAAGCUGUGCGGCAAGGUGGUGACGCACAUCCGCAACCACUACCACGUGCACUUCCCGGGCCGCUUCGAGUGCCCGCUGUGCCGCGCCACGUACACGCGCUCCGACAACCUGCGCACGCACUGCAAGUUCAAGCACCCGGCGUACAACCCCGACACGCGCAAGUUCGAGCCGCCGGCGGCGCCGCUGCCGCCGGGGCUGCCGGCGCCGCAGCCGCCGCUGUUCGCCAACCAUCUGGACGCGGGCUUCGACUGAUUGUCCAUGUACUGGCUCGGCCUCGACGCUCUGUGAGCGCGAGCCCGCCGCCAGUCCAGACUUUACCGUUGUUGAUGUGUCAAAAUUUUAACGGACCGUCUCGAGUCGAAACUAUUUCCUAUUUAGGAUUAAGCUGAAGUGCUAUUACUUAAGCGGGCCUUAAUGUUGAGUUCUUAUUGUAGCUCGUUCGUGGCGAGCGAUUCGUUUAGUAUUGUCUCGGUUGUGCAUUUGACUUGCCCCAGUGUGACCUUACGCGUUCCGCGUGAGGAGCGUACCUAUCGGUCUAUAUAACUGAGAGUGGAUCACUCGAAGUGUAGGUAUAUAAGUAGGUAAGCUAAUAUUUCUAUACCAAUUGCUAUACGGGAACGGGCAAAAGCAAUAAUAAUAUGAUGUUAAUUUUAUUACCAUAUUAUUUUUUAUAUUGUAUCGAUAGGAAUCUUAAGCUAUUAUAUCGGGUAGCGGUGCGACCGCGAGUGAUGCUGGCCGUGAGCCGUAACGGGCCCCCUCGGGCCGCUCUUCUUGUUAUAUUUAUUCGUUAGAUGGGGCUCUCAGCCCCGUAGCUAAUUGUAUUUGUGUUAUACAUCCUACGCGCGGAGUGAACGACAACUAAAUGGGAUGCGAGGACUGGCAAGAGAUUGUGAUCCGUCGUUGGUCAACGACAUAUAAAUAAUGACUGAAUCUCAGUGUAGAUGCAUUUGUAACUCUAUGAGGCCUUUGCAAGAUGGAUAUUAUUAAGGAUUUGUGAUGUAUUAACGGAUAGCGCCUAAGGAAACAUACGAAAAGAUUUUUAUACUAGACUAUAGUUGAUCUAUUUACGGAGAUUGUUUUUUAUACUUAGAUAUAUCGUAUUGUCUGAUUUAAUAUACUUUUAUAUUUACAUUUAUAUACCAUAUAUAUAUAUUUUAUUUUGAUUUAUUGGUGUUGUUUGUUUUUAUUGAUUGGACAUAAUAUGUAACAAGAUGGAUUUCGUUUAUAUUGACUUGACGGUUAGACGUAGUGUAAUGAAUUGAUGAUGUUAACGUAUUGAUUAUUUUAUCGUCGGUAGGAGUUACAGUUUAGUUGAUGUAACGGGCGGGCUGCGGCCCGCUCACGUGUGAUCGCCUGAUCGGUGCUUGGGGUCAAAGACCUCUUUCAAUUACUUUAAGAUAGGAACGUGUCGAGGUUGCGCAUUUAGUAACUAAUAUUGGCAUUCUACGAUUGGGACUAACCUAGCAUGUAUGUAUGUAUUUUCAAUUAAGAUUUAAGAUUGUUACAUUUUUAGCUAAACACUUAGAGUGGUACGAUAACUGAAAUGUGAUAAAAAGGAAUGGUGCUAGAACCAAGAGUGUUAACACGCUACGAUUCGACUCCUAUUAUAGAACCUAUGAUUAACGUUUUAAUGAUUAGUUAUUUUGCAUUAACGUAACGUAAGGCAUCUAGCAUCCGGUAGAGGUCGCAUCCGUCAGACGGGCAGGGCGCGCGCGCCGGCCCUAGAGAUUACAGUAUCACUCGUCAUUUUCACCUAAGUUUUCAGAUAUCUUAAAAUUUACUAAGAUAAAAUUAGAAUUAUAAGACACCGGUUUAAAAAAUUCUGACUAACGGCCCGAUUAAGAUACUUCAACUUUAAGAUACUUCAAAUAUUAGGUCUAGAUACGAUAUGGAUCGGACGUGUCGGUGUCAAAAGUGACGUUUCUUCAAAUCAUAUAGUUCACUUUUGCCACUGAAAUAUCCAAUCCAUAUUGUAUCUAGACCUUAUAUUGGACGUAUCUUAAAGUUGGAAUCGGGCCGUAUAAGUGUCAUCAAAAUUUCAAACGGUGUAUGUAAUAUCCGCAUCCAAAUGAAAUCCGUGAUCGUAUCCCAUAACUACGAGGUGGCGAUGCUGUUAAGUAGCUGUGAACAUGCAAUUUCACUUGUGCAAUUUUUUAAAAUAGUCAUAAUUCAUAGCUAGAUAUACAAUUGUCUAUUGAAUAUAAGGGGCCCACUUGAAUUAUAAGUACUAAGCUCCCCAUCUUCCAUGAUGACAUUACUCAUAGUAAGUUACUCACCAAAUAUUUCUUCCUCAAAGAUUUAUUUCUCAUUUUAAGAGUUUGUUGUUUAAAGUUUAUUAUAUUUUACCUCUCAUUAUAUUUUAUACCGUGGGCGCUUAUUAUUUGAUAGCAUUUCAUACUCAGUGCAAUAUUACUAGUUAUUUAAUUACGUAACCAAACUAAAGGAUAUUUUAAAAUGUAAUUAAUGUCUUCGAAAGAGAGUUACUACUACCUAUUUGUAUAUUUACAUAAGUGAACUCCUAAUUUCUAUUUCUACCUGACGAAACAGUUUGGGUUACGGUGAUGUACAGGUUUUAUAGCUGGUAAUAUUAAGGAUUAGCUUGUUUACCUCUGCCAAUCGUAAUAGUUACGUACUGUUAAUAAUUUAUUCGCGCAAGUUAGUGUAUUGUUGGUUGGUUGAACAGAUCAUAGCUAUCCGGCGGGGUCCAUCGCGUCCAUGCGUGUCUGAUCUCCCUUUGCAUUCGACUCGGCGUUCGCUGCAAUACUCGUGAAUGCCUUUUAUAUAAUUACUAUCGAGACCAAUUUUAUAAACGGCCUUGCUGUAGCAAAGGGUCGAGUGGUAACGUAGAUAUUUUAGAUGAAUUAGGUUAGGAUACUAUGAUAGUGUCUGGCCCGAACAUUUCGGAGUAUCACAUCGUUUGGCUCAGAAAAUAUCUACUUUUGAUCUCUUUUCAGCUUUCAGAAAGUGUGCAACUUAAAUACUACUUAUGGAGACCACGUAAUCGGACUUAAUGAAAGCUAAAUUAUGCCAUAUGGAAUUUAUACAUAAGGUUAACGAAUUACUAAAAUUAGUCUUAUGAAAAUGAAGGUCUUGUGGACCUAGUCACUUAUUUGGCCAAUUGAAUAUUCCAAUUUAUUGUAUAUUAAAAUAAAAAUUUACACAUUAUUAUCACAAGGAUGUGAUCUUAUCAUUUAAAAUUCAAUGGAGUGCAGGAUGAGCUAUACGGUUAUUGUCAGGAUAGCAAUGGUCUAGUUGUGUUUAUUUUGUUCUUUAUAACAUUAGCAAAUUUGUUAUAGUGUCGUAUAUCACAAUAGUGUAAUUCUAAUAGGCCGGGGGCGUCAAAUCGUGUCCUAACAGCUGAUUCGUCAGACUUGUUAUAUUUUUACAUGAGAUUUUAUGAACGAUUUGUUGUUUAUGAAUAUUUUAUUUAAUGUUUUGGUUUGAUGCCUCCAUUUACAGUUUAAUUUAAAUUAUUUUGUUUUAUGCAAGCAGUUAAUGCAAAUUAUUAUUUUUCACAUUGUUUGAUGUUAUGUAAUGCAAUUUUAACAUGUUGCAAACUCCUGCAUUUAUCUGUUGUAUUUAUUACUAAUUUUUACAUUAAAUUGUGGUAUGUUACAA